UUAGACAGUUUUUAAUGUGCUUCUUCGUGUUUAACGUAUCUGACUCUGAGGUGAGCGUCGCUCUCUGCCGGCUUCUCAGGGGUUAAGCCUUAGGCUCUCUCUGUGUGUAAAGUGACACCGCUAAUGGGAACACACACCUCGGAAACUUUUCACUAUGGACCUGAGGUAAAAUAACUGGCCAUUCUUAGGAAGACGAGGUCGGUCAUUGUACACACACACACACUGACUGAAUGGUAAUGGGUGCGUGUGUGUUUAUGCUAUUUCCGCGAGCCGCACUCCGCUCGCGGGCCUCGUACUGAGUUGCGCGCCGUUCCCGCGAAGCGCGCGCCCCACACACAGGUGUGACGACUCCGAUCUCGUUCGGUCUCGGUUGUCGACGAAGCGUUCGCGGCGAUACGGUUGUUUCUGACUCGACCCCCUGGAUCUUCCAAGAAGCGCUUUCGCUCGAAAACUGCGAAAUCGGUUUUCUCACGAGCUCAAACGUGUGUAUUUAGUUAGUGUGUUUACUUCUUCCCACUUUCGGAGUUCACUUCCUAUAUAAGUGCGGUGCCGGGAAGCCUACCUGUGCCUGGCGAGCAAGGAAGGUGAACGCAGAACGUAGUCCAACCAAACAUGCUGAAGUCUGUGAUUUGAGAGCUGCUUGGAUGGAGAUGCCAGGCACGAUGAAGGACCUGGCUGUGCUGGAUCUUCUGGAAUGUCCUCUGUGCUUCGAGCCGCUGGACGUGAGUGCCCGGGUUUUGCCAUGCCAGCACACCUUCUGUAAGCAGUGUUUGCUGAAACUUGCGGCGUCCGAUGCUGAGUUGCAUUGCCCAGAGUGCCGCACCCCCGUGACGGAACCUGUGGAGAAGCUGCCUGCCAACCUGCUCCUGGAGCAUCUCCUGGAAGGGCUCCGCCGGGGGCCAGGGGGGACCGUGAGACACAGGACCCUCAGAUACAGGAUCCCCCCUGGUCAGCACCUCUCUGUAAGAAAUAAGGACACACGCUACUCAACACUGAGACAAACACACAGUCGAAGGAAGCACCUUGAUGGGGUUCCUUGGGCUAGAGCCUUGCAUAACUACAAAGGCAACUUUCCGGGAGAACUCAACAUUAAAUCUGGGGAUGUCAUCAUCCUGCGUCGGAAGGUGGAUGAGAACUGGUACCAUGGAGAGGCCAAUGGCAACAGUGGGCUGGUCCCUGCCAGCAUGGUGCAGGUAGUCAAUGAGUUGCCCAAGCCACUGCCCUUGUGCCGUGCUCUUUAUGACUUUGACAUGAAGGACAGGGGUCAAGAGGACACCAGGGACUUCCUCACUUUCUUCAAGGGAGACAUCAUCUCUGUAAUACGGUGUGUGGAUAAGAACUGGGUUGAAGGAAAGCUGGGACAGAAAGUUGGAAUUUUUCCUCUGCAGUUCACAGAGCCGAACUCCGCGGCACUGAAGCUCCUGGGGAGACGGAGGCCAGGCGGCCCCCUGGACUCCCAGGCCCGGAUUGCGGCGAGUGGCAGCGGUGGUACUGAGGGCACGGUGGAUGCGGGUGGCCGCAGGCUUGCCUCCGGGGUCCCCUCCGGCCCUGCAGUGGCCCCCACCACCGGGACCCUCAGCCACGUUAGCCAGUCAGCUCAGGGCCCCCUGGGUGAGCGCCAGCCCUCCUCCAUCAGCGGUUCCACCUUUUUGGUAUCCAGCAGCUCUGCUGUAGCGGCCCAGCUGUCUGAGCGGCGUCCCGAUGGGCUUGGCAGCAACACAUCUCAGGGUCCCAACUCAGCGCCCAGUGAAUGGAGGACCAGCUACGAGUCACCACCCAUCAUCACCAUGGCACUCGUGAACCCCCAGUCCCUCUCGGGCUCCUCUGAGAGCAAGCAGUCUUCCACUCAGCAGCUCUCCAUCAGCGUGUGUGCGGUGCUCUACUCCUAUGCCCCUCGUCGGCCAGAGGAACUGGAGCUGCGCCAAGGUGAGAUGGUGGGCGUCUAUGGCAGGUUUCGGGAAGGCUGGCUCCGGGCCCUGUCUCUGAAGACGGGAAAGGUGGGCAUUCUGCCUGCCAAUUAUGUCACGCCGGUGCUCAGGACAUCUGCUAGGUUCUUGGAUGCCAAAUCUGCUCCAGCUCAGAGCACGAUGGCAGGGAAGGGGUCCAUGACAUGCAAGUCCCAGGCUGCAGCUGUUGCCAUGGACAAAGCUGGCGCCAAUGGGACAGUCCGGAUGGGUGGACAGGUCCCUACGGUUGCCACGACAACGGCCCCAGUGAUGCCCUCUGCAAGCACGUCACGAGCAACCCAGCUGGGCUCCGUCAGACGGACCUUCCAUCCUCCACCAAGGGCUCCCACUCUUCAGGGAAGCCUUUCGUCCCGAGUGCCACCAUCCUCCAUUGUCCGUCCCCAGCCGGCACCUCUCUCAGUGGGCCCUGUACAAAGCUUUGCUGCCACACCUAAUACGUCCAAAAUGAGGAGCACCCUGCUUGCAAGCUCCAGUAGGCCACCAUGCUGGGUUCAUGAAGCAACACCUCCCUCUACUGGUGGCUCUUUGUCCCUGGACCUUCAGGAACCCGUUACAAAAGAGGUUUUGGAGAAGCAGGUCAAUGCAGGUCCCCAGUCUAUUCUGGUCAAACCAGAUUCCUACAAGAACACUUCAGACAAGCCCAUUAAGUCAGUGCGAUUCCUGACUCAGGAGAACCCCGCAACAGGAACAAGGGCCACCUCUCUGCCUUCAGAAGGUCAUACCGGUCCCAGCAUUGAACCUGGGUGUACCCCAGAAGCAUGGGGGAGCCAGAGUCUUUUAGGGUCUUCGGGUGGUGACUUCAAGCUCUCUGACAACAAAACCCCAGCGCACAAGAAGGGUAUGAUCCAGAACCCUGUCACAGCAGAAAACCUGCCACCCUCCCAUAAAACUGGUCUUUCAUCAAACCUGCAGUCCAGCAGCUACAGACACAGGGUCUCGGCAGCUGAUGCCCACCUGAAGGAGGGUGAGCCAGGGGUGGCGCAUAGGCCUCGGCAGGAAACCUGGCUGCCUGCGACCCAGGAGAAGAGUGGGAGGACGGGCCUCGUGCGGGGCAGCAUACCGGAUGUUCUGGAGAAGCUCAGUUGACUGCCGGGGGGGGCAGUGACCCCGUGAGCAGGGAGGUGCCUUGUCCAGAUUGCUGUAGCACGGAUACCUUGUGUCUGAGGGAUGUUGUAGAGAUUAAAAGAAACGUAUUUACUUCAAUUCAGGUCGGUUCUAGGCACAGAGCCAAAUCAUCUGAAUGCUCCCUUUCACACAAAAGUCAGAGCCCAAACUAUGUUUAAUUGGAAAAAGGACUUAGAUAUGAAAACACCGCUUUUAAUCCUGUUUGAGUAUUUGCAUUUCAGCAGUACUUCUCUCAAGUCAUACUUUGAGUGUUGUAAUAUAUUUUUUACCACUGCUUAUAUUGGCAGGUGUGCACCUUGAAAUACUUUUAAUCCUUACAAAACAGAUUAUAUAGUAAUAUUUUAGACUUAAUGUUAUUUAAAACAAUUGCACUUUUAAAGAAUAAGCUGUCUUAAGUCCUCUAAAACAAAUCAAAGUAAAAGGCAAGCAACAGAGUAUCUAAACGAAGACCUUGUGAACUUAUCCACACUGAUGUGUUUAUCAGGUGUCACUAGCUCUAAUUGCUCUUCCCAUCUGUGAGUUCAGAAAUGUUAAGUUUUUAAUGCAGUUAGCACAACUUCUACACACCUGUCUCUGUACGUGGCCAAUGAACCAGUUUUUUUU